CUUCCCCCGUUAUUCACCGCUCUCCCACUUUGAAAUCUUCGGACGCGGUGGACAAUCCUCUUGGACAGCCACGGCGAGCGCAGCAUGAACCCUACGCCGUGGUCAAUGUACGGACGUGACCAUCCCAUUCUCACUCUUUUUGUCCUCUUUCUCGCUUGGAAGUCGGUGAUACUCCUUAUUACCUUGGCCGCUCCAGGUGUCGGAUAUGAUACGUCCACAAGCCUCCUGUCCUGGGAAGAUGGAGGUCGGCAAAUCAUAACAAACACCCCGGACGAAAUGUCUGACGGGUGGCUCAAGUUCGUCCGAUGGGAUUCCAUAUAUUACACGCACAUAUCGGACCAAGGACAUGUUUUUGAGCAGGAGUGGGCGUUUGGCACCGGCAUAUCAACGGCGAUAUCAUGGACCAGCAGGAGUCUCCGUCAGCUAGGGUUCUCUGCAGAACCAUCCUCAUCCUUCGUCGGCAUCUUGCUAUCACACGCAUCCCAUUGGCUGUCUGUUAUUCAACUGUGGGCAUUAACAGAAGCUCUGAUGGGGCCGGACAAAACCUCCAAGUCUCUGCUCCCUUUCACCGCCGCUGCCCUUCAUAUCCUCUCGCCCGCAGGAGUAUUUCUCUCGGCGCCCUGUUCCGAAAGCGCCUUUGCUUUUCUGUCCAUGUCUGGCUUCCUGGGAUAUCUCCACGCAACCCAGCUUCUCCGCAGAGGCCUGGUGUUUGCCGGCUGUACCACCAUGAUCUGCGCCGGUAUGUCCUUCAGUACCGCCACUAUGGUCCGGAGUAACGGCAUAUUGGCGGGCAUACCGUUCCUUGUGGAAGCAAUCACCACCCUCCUUGCAGUGCUCUCCCAGGGUCUUUCGGCUUCACGGCUCUUUUGGCUGGCCUCGGUCGUGGCGGGAGGCCUCCUGGUGGCAUUUGGAAUGGUGUAUCCACAAGGACUGGCAUAUCAGGACUACUGCUACGGCCGCGACUCUGAGGUGAGGAGACCGUGGUGCAACCAGACCAUUCCAUCCAUAUUCACCUGGGUCCAGUCUCAUUAUUGGAAUGUCGGCCCCUUCCGCUACUGGACUGUAUCGAACUUGCCACUAUUUAUAUUGGCGGCACCUAUGCUCUCAAUUUUGAUCUACUCCGCCUUGGAUGUCCUUCGACGUCCUCAAUUUCUCAUCCGAGAGACGCCGCACUCGCCGAUAACUGCUUCUGCUGGCAAACGCGUGUUGUUGAGCCUAGCGCUCCCGCAACUUAUGCUUGCAGUCCUUGCAUUCACAAGCUAUCACGUACAAAUCAUCACGAGGCUGUCUUCUGGUUAUCCAUUGUGGUACAUGUGGUUGGCGACCAAGCUUGAAAUGGAGCCGAAGCGAGCUUCGGUAGUCAUUCGGUGGAUGGUGAUCUAUGCUCUGGUUCAAGCUGGACUAUAUGCAUCAUUUCUGCCUCCGGCCUAAGUCAAAAACUUGCAGUCAUCAUCGUCCGGAGAACCAGCAGCAGCAAUUCGAUGCCGAGCCGCCGCAUCGCUCAACUACUGAAAUCUAGAUUUGUCAAUCCUGAUCUAUUACCCCACAAAUGGCUCGUUUGCGGUUGAUAGCCUGACGUUGGGCUACUUUUCCGCCGAUUUCACCUUGACCCGGAUCCCCUUGGUGUCGAGCUUGACAGUUGGCACGAAAUAAUCAUGGGCCAGGACGAUAUCCGAGAGGUCGGUUUCAUACAGCUCAAAAGAGAACUUCCUAAAGAUUGUGGCAAGCCCCAUGUACAGCUCAGCUUGAGCAAGACUGCAACCUUGUCAGCACGUUUUCCGAAACUCGGUCAGAAUGGAUAUAGGGAGGAAUCGCAACUAACUUGAGCCCAAUACAUUGCCUUGUUCCCCUUCCAAAGCCAAUGAAAUAUCUCUCUAAUGGCUGGCCGUCCUUUGUGGUUGGAUUGUCCAGCCACCUCUCUGGAACAAACGAGUGUGACUGAGGGAAGACAUCCUCGUCAUGGUUCAUGUCGACGAUGGUCAUGGAGACCGGCGUGCCUGCUGGAAUGACCCAGCCUUUGUACUUCAAGUCGUGGCGGGCGACUCGAGGCAGCCGCGAAGCAAUGCCGUAUGCUAGCCUGAUGCCUUCUUUAAUACAUCCUGUCAGGUAGGGUAACUGCUCAAGAUUCUGCCAGUCAAUUUGCAUGGACGGGUCGGGAAUGGCUUCUUCUAACUCGGCGCGCAGCUUUUUGAAGAUUUCGGGACUGUUGAUGAUGUGAAAGCUGGCCACCGCGGCGGCCCAGGACGUGGUCAGAAUGGCGGCCCCGAUGAUGACUUGAGCCUCUUGCACCAUGCGGUUCACCGACUUCUCCUUGGAGGAGAGGUCACUGUGAAGCAUCUCGUGGAAUAGUGUGGGAUGAUCCACCAUCUUCUUGGAUUCGUCGUGGUUCUCCUUGAGUGCGGAGAUGGUCCGAUGGAAGUCCUGAAUUCAGCAAGUCAGGGUACCGUCCCGAUGGCGGCGCGCCACCACUCACCUGUUGCACUUGGAUGUGCAUGUACAUAUUCGGCUCGAGCCUCAGCACCAACCAGUCUGGCAGGCUGUUCAUCACAGGCCAAAGCCACGGAAAUUGCAUCAGCACGCUGGACGAUUCACAGGCGGCAUGCAUUGCUUCGUGGAAGGUCUCUUUAAACUCCGGAGAGUCGAGGUGGUCGUAUGCCUUUGCGAAACAGAACUCAGUCACGACGUCUCCCGAAUAUGCCGUCCAGGCGCGGUGAAGCGGAAGCACACGAUCCGUCCCUGCAUACUCCUGGACCCUGGAGCAAAGUUUCUUCAACUUCGCACGCACCACAGGCUGAAAGUCCAUGAUUUUGCGCUUGGAGAAGAAAGGGGCUACGGCAUUACGCAAGCGACGGUGGUCUUCCUGCAGCGGCGCGGUGAAGAAGGUAUCGUCGGUGCCGAAUCUGGCAGAGAACGGGCCGUAUUUGUCGAGCCUGCCGGACUUGACGUAGAGCUCUUCGAAGUAGUCGGAGUCGAGAACGUGCAGUUCAUUCGGCGUCACUCGGACAAUGGGGCCUGCGGUCAUUGAAUUUAUAUCGCAGGAUGGUGCGCUGGAGGAUGCUCACC